AUGUUAAAGGAUGAAACAUUAUCACAAGGUGACAUAAAUAUUGACCAGGAUGAUUCAGAGAUUUUAAGUUCAUUGGAAAAUGCAGUUCAACAAAUGUCGAUUGAUACAGAUUCAAAUAUUAAUAGACAGUUGACAAAAGAUGAAUUAUUGUCACAAAAUACCAAUGACAAUAUAGAUAUUGUAGAAGAAAAUCCGAUACACAUAAUGUCUACUGUUGAUGAUGUAAUUUUAAAUAGGGACUUGGUAAAGGAAGAUAAUAGUCAUAAAACCCUGGAUAUUUCUGAAGAGAAUUUAGUAAACAAAAGUACAGUAGUUAAUGCAACACAAAUAGGGUCUAAUGUUGAAGAUUUAAAUAUUAAACAAGAGAUGCUAAAAAAUGAAGUAUUGUCACAAAAUACUAUUGAAAAGGACAUACAAGAAUGCACAAAAGUUUUCGAAGAACAUUUGGAGACUAUAGGUUCGGAACAAUUAAUGGUUAUUCAUGAAGAUUUAAAUAUAAAGAAAGAAAUGUUAAAAGAAGAAUCAUUUUCACAGAAUAGUAAUGCAGAGAAUAGUCAAGAACGUCGAGAUGCUAUCGAAGAUAAUUUAGGGAACAAAACUGCAACAGACUCUGCUCGAAUUAAUUUUAAUAAUGAUGAUUUAAUAACUAAAAAAGAUAUGCUGAAAGAUAUAACAUUAUCAGAUAAUGCAAUUGAUGAGGAAAAGACAGAAAUAUCUGGAAAACCUUUACAGAAUAGAGGUUCAACACUUAUUCGACUUGUUGGUCAAGUUCACAAUAUUGAAGGAGACAUGUUAAAAAACGAAUCUACGCCACAAAAUACUAAUAAAGAUAAUCAAAACAGUCUACAUAUUGAAGAAAUAGAGAACAAUAAAGAAAAUCAAACGCAAACGAUGUCUUCUAAUGAAGACGCAAAUGUUCCAAGUCACUCGUUAAGAUCACAAGUAAAUAAUGAAGAGGAAAAUUUGGAAAGCGAAAAUGCUGUUAAGGAUAAUUUAGUAAUCGAAAGAGAAAAUUCUCGAAUUUUGGAGACUGAAGAUGCUAUUGUUAUAGAAGACUCGGAUGAUGAUGAUGUUGAAUUGGUUGGAGAAGAUGUAAAUGACCAAAGAUUUGCUCGACGUCGUCCGGAUAAUAGUAACAACUUGGAAUUAUAUUUAUGGUAG